AUGAACAUGAGAAUCUUACGCAUUGAGAAUUCUUCUCGACUCCAAGUGGUCAUCGGACUGCAUGGUGGUGCUCUACUUGGAAUAGGCUAUCGCACAUCCCGAAGGAUUAGUCCUGUUGCUGCUUCCGCUAUUUCAACCAUUCAAUCAAUGCCACUCUCAGGAUUUGGAAAUAGUAAUGUUUCUUCGUUUUCUAGCUAUGAUGAUGGUUCUUCGCAGAGAUCUACCGAGUCCGCACCCCUAAACUACCAGCUCUAUAGUUGGGAAAAUUUUGAGCCAGUAGGUGGUAUGCUACCUCAGCCAGAGUGGACAGCGUGGGACCAAACAGUUGAGUAUUGCGCUUUUGCUUAUCAAAAAUACAUGGUCAUAUCGUCGUUGCGCCCUCAGUAUAGAUAUCUUGGUGAUGUUGCCAUUUCACAUGCUACUGGAGCUGUUUGGCACCGCAGGCAGCUGUUUGUUGCUACACCAACCACAAUUGAAUGUGUUUUUGUGGAUGCGGGAGUUUCUGAAAUUGAUAUAGAGACUAUGAAGAUGAAGGAAGAAAUUAAACUUAAGGAGGCACAGGCUAGAGCAGUUGCAGAGCAUGGUGAGUUAGCCUUAAUCACAGUGGUACGUUUAGCUUCUUUCCAAAACCCUCCAUCUGUUCCACCAUUUUUAUCAUUGCCGAGACAAUCUAGAGGUGAUGGUGAUGACAUGGAUGAACGAAGGGCCAGUGAGGUAGCUGUAGGUGGUGGUGGAGUCUCAGUUGCUGUUACUCGUUUCCCAGUGGAGCAGAAACGACCAGUGGGGCCUCUUGUUGUUGUUGGUGUACGUGAUGGAGUUCUUUGGCUCAUUGACAGGUACAUGUGUGCCCAUGCCAUAUCAUUGAGCCAUCCUGGUAUCCGUUGUCGCUGUCUUGCUGCGUACGGGGAUGCUGUUAGUGCAGUUAAAUGGGCAAGUAGACUUGGGAGAGAACAUCAUGACGAUCUGGCACAGUUUAUGCUAGGGAUGGGAUAUGCAACAGAAGCUCUUCAUUUGCCUGGAAUAUCUAAGAGGCUGGAGUUUGACCUAGCGAUUCAGAGCAACGAUCUGAAGAGGGCUCUUCAUUGUCUUCUCACAAUGAGUAAUAGCAGGGACAUUGGACAGGACGGUUUAGGCCUGGAUUUGAGUGACAUUCUCUCUUUGACAGCUGAGAAGAAAGAAGACGUUGUUGAAGCGGUGGAGGGAAUAGUGAAAUUCGCGAAGGAGUUUCUCGACCUUAUAGAUGCUGCAGAUGCCACUGGGCACGCUGACAUAGCUCGCGAGGCCCUGAAAAGACUAGCCACUGCAGGUUCGGUCAAAGGCGCUUUACAGGGUCAUGAGUUGCGAGGCCUUGCAUUACGCCUAGCAAACCAUGGAGAAUUGACACGCUUAAGUGGCCUGAUAAACAGUCUGAUCUCCAUAGGCCUGGGGCGAGAAUCAGCAUUUGCUGCUGCAGUUCUGGGAGACAAUGCGCUCAUGGAGAAGGCAUGGCAAGACACAGGGAUGCUCGCAGAAGCUGUACUUCAUGCUCAUGCACAUGGUCGUCCAACUCUAAAGAACUUGGUCCAGGCUUGGAAUAAAACGCUGCAGAAGGAAGUUGAGCAAGCUCCAUCUUCUAAAACCGAUGCUGCAAGUGCGUUUUUGGCUUCUCUUGAGGAUCCAAAGCUCACGAGUCUAUCUGAUGCAUCCAAAAAGCCUCCAAUAGAAAUUCUCCCUCCCGGAAUGUCAUCAAUCUUUGCUUCUAUUUCUGCUCCCAAAAAACCUCUACCCACACUGAAGACGCAAGAACCGACCAAGCCAUUGGCUAUUGAAGAACCAGCUAAGCCGUUGGCUAUUGAGGCGGCUCCAUCUUCUGAGCCAUCACAGACCGAGUCGGCGCCUGAAACUGCCGCUGAUCCUGAGUCAGCUGCACAGGAAACUACAGCUGCUUCCGAGUCAGCUGUACAGGAAACUGCAGCUGCUUCCGAGUCCGAAGCGCAAGAAACUGCAGCUGCUUCCGAGUCCGAAGCGCAAGAAACUGCAGCUGAAUCCGAGUCCGCAGCACCGGAAACUGCAGCUGUUACUGAAACAGCAGAACAUGUGGAUGGACCGGUAACAGAGACAGUGUCUGAGCCUCCUGUGGCAGAGAAGGAGGAGACUCCUUCGGAAGACAAAAGCGAUCCGUCUUCAACUCCAAACACAGAAACAGCUCUAGUCGCCACAGAGGAUAAUAGCCAAACCAUGCCUCCGCCACCGCUGCCUGAACCCGUUACAACAACAGCGAAACCAACAGAGAAUGCAGCAACCGGGAGACCACAAGUAACCUAUCCUCCAAUAAGAAGCCAACCAAUUGACUUCGGUUUCUAG